AUGUCCGAUGAGGAGUCAGAACUAAACCCACAAAUGCUUUCCCCAUCAGAUUCGGGUAAAAGUGACAUUGAGUUCAGCGAUACGCAAAUAGAAACUCCGAGAGCCUUCAGAGAAACCUCACGAAGUGUACUCACAAAAACAACGACGACAGAGAUCCCAUUGAAAGAUGAGCCAUCUUCCUCCAAAAAUAAAACUCCUACGAGGUUUAACAACCUCCCUGCGAGUGAUCGGGAUCUUAUUGCCAACGAAAAACUUAUAAGUGACGAUAAUCAAUUUACCCCACACGGCAAUCAAGGAAGCCCAGGUAGAAUUCCGAGGCUUCAAUGGAGCAGGGAGAAAGUUGACAGUUUCGACAAAAAUGACUUCAAAUCUGCUGAACUCAAAGACUUUAAUAGCGAGUUCGAUUCUGAGGAUGAGGAGAGCAAUAGUUGGGGUGAUAAAGGAAUUGAGCAGCCGACAAUCACGUUAGAUGAGCGGUCUCGCUUGAAGAAGCGAAAUUUGACAAGCUCUCCUAGAAAGAGCUCUCCGCUAAGACGAGAGAUUAAUACGUUUAGUACCUCAAUGUCUGGAAGCAAAGAUGACCAACACGAAAGAGCAGGGAAAGCAAAAUCUGCCGAAGAUAUAUUGCAAUCCAUUGGAACAAGUAUAAGUAGGCUACAAGAGUCGGAAUCGGAGAACGAGUUCGACGACUACGAGGAGCAUUUAGACUCGAAUCCGGAGAUGGACUUCUCCGAUGAUGACAUGGCUUUGAACGAUCUAAAUGAGCUACUACCGAGCCGGAGAAGACAAAAAGCGGAUGAGAGAGACACUUCGAACAAGAUUCUCUCGGAUGGACAGGAUUCUGAAAGUAUAUCACAUAUUCUGAGGGGCGAGUGGAUUAAAAGUAAUGUGAGAGCUAUGGAUGAAGUUUUCAACGACGAAAAGCGUACCAAUUUCGUUGGGGAGAAGGAUAAUUCUGAGGACUUAGAACGGCAAAGAAAGGGAAGUCCUUCACGAUCUAGGAAUCUAGGGAAGGCGAACAGGAAGCGGGUGGUUCAAAAGUCUCUCAGACUGAAAUCAAAACAACAAGUGAGAUACAAAACAUGGCCUGCUGAGAAGUGGGAUAAACUUAUACGCCUAGUGGAUCUGAGUGUUCCCAAUGAUGCCAUCAUAAGCAGUAAUUUGGUGGUGAGAGAGCUCGGUUGUCAGAAUAAGGCUGAGCUAGCUAAACGAGUCGAGUUUAUCAAGCACUACUUUCGCUAA